AUGGGCAAGUCAAGCAAGAAGUCCGCGGCCCCUACUGUCGUGGCGCCGGCGGCCGUCCUUACCAAGGGGAAGGCCGGGAAGAAGCGCGAAGCCGAUGACGAGAUCAAGAAGGCUGUAAGCGCAAAGAAACAGAAGGCUGCGCCGGCAAAGGCGGUGCCCGGGCCCAAAGAGGCCGCCAAGAAGGCCAAGAAGCAGCCGCCGCCCAAGAAGGUUGAGAGCAGCAGCUCUGAGGAGCAGUCAUCCGAGUCCGAGGAGGAGGAGGUUCCUAAGAAGACUGCAAAGCCUGUCAAACACGAGUCUUCAGAUGAUAGCAGCGACGAUUCCUCCUCUGACGAGGAACCUGCAAAGAAGCCUUCUGCUAAACCUGUGACCCCAGCUGCCAGCAACGGCUCAAAGAAAGGCAAGCCUGAGAGCAGCUCUUCUAGUUCUGAGGAUGAGUCCGAUGAUGACGAGAAACCUGCUGCUCUGGUAAAGAAAACACCAGCCAUCGAAUCUGACAGCUCCGAAAGUGACUCAGAUGAUAGCUCAGAUGAGGAUGUUCCUGCCAAGACUCCUGCUGCUGCUGCCAAGAAGGUAGAUUCUUCAGACAGUUCUGAGUCGGAGAGUGAAUCUGAGGAUGAGGAGAAAUCAAAGAAAGCCGCACAGGCCACCAAGAUAGCUCCUGCAGCUGCUAAAAGAAAGGAGGAGCCCAGUGAUUCCUCAGACAGUGAUGAGAGUGAUGAAGAGCCUCCCCAGAAAAAGCUGAAGGAUGCUGCGAAGGUUACUCCUAAGUCUGCCAAAAAGGACAGCACCAGUGAUGAUGACAGUUCUGAUGAAAGCUCUGAUGAUGAGCCUAAAAAGAAAGUUACAACUGCCACAAAAUCACAGAAGGAAGAGCCUAAAACUCCUGCUAGCAACAAAGGUCAGGCAACAGGGUCGAAGACCCUUUGGAUGGGGAACCUUUCCUUCAAUAUUGAGUAUGAUCAAGUGAAGCAAUUUUUUGCACAAAUUGGAGAGGUCGUUGAUGUUCGCCUGGCUACCCAUGAAGAUGGCCAUCCCAAGGGAUUUGGUCAUGUUGAGUUUGCUACGGCUGAAGAUGCUCAGAAAGCGCUUGAUUCACUGAAUGGUGGAGAUCUAAUGGGCCGUCCGGUGAGACUUGACAUGGCUGCUGAAAGAGGUGCAACUCCUCGCACCAGGGAUGGUGGAUCGUUUGGAAAACCAAGUGGAGGUCCCAGCCUCUCAGUAUUUGUCAAGGGUUUUGAUUCAUCUCAACAGGAGGAUGCUAUUCGGAGCUCUCUUCAAGAACACUUCUCUAAAUGUGGAGAAAUCACACGUGUCUCAGUUCCGAUGGAUUAUGAGAAUGGUGCAAGCAAAGGGAUAGCUUACAUGGAUUUUACUGAUGAGAGUUCCUUUUCGAAAGCACUUGAGCUUAGUGGAUCUGACCUAGGUGGCUGCAACUUGUAUGUUGCCGAAGCUAAGCCUAAGGGUCAAUUUGGUGGCGUUGGUGGUCGAUCUGGUGGCAGAGAUGGUGGCCGCUCUGGUGGUGGCAGGUUUGGCCGGUCUGGUGGCCGUGAUGGCGGCGGCAGGUUUGGCCGGUCUGGUGGCCGUGAUGGUGGCGGCAGGUUUGGCCGGUCUGGUGGCCGUGAUGGCGGCAGAGGAGGCGGCCGAGGCUUUCAGAGCAGACAGAGUGCUGGCACAGCUAGCGCAGGUAAUGCAACUGCCGCGUGUCUAGACGACUGUAUCCCCGUGUUUCCCAUUAUCCUAGUGGACCUAGUAUCAUUUGUCUGUAGUAUUUUCUUGCCGCUAUAUGUUGUAAUGCCAGAAUUCUACUAUAUAUGUUACACCUAG